GCUCUAUCCGCAUGUGGCCAGAAGUCGUCCGGAGAUCGCCGGCAGAAUUACCAGUAUGUUGUUGGAGAUGGAGAACUCAGAAGUUCUGAUGCUGCUGCAAUCCGAGCAGCACCUGCAAGCAAAAGUUGACGAAGCAAGGCGUUUGCUCGAACUGUACAGCAAUGUGAGUCCGCCUGUGAAUCCCGCUGAAAUUGCGGGACAACCGCCGGAAGUGCAAAGACAGUACUUUGGAGAGAGGCUUUAUCCUCGAGUGGCCAGAUACCAGCCAGAGCUUGCUGGGAAAAUCACCGGCAUGCUCCUGGGGUUGGAGAGACAUGAACUCCUGGAGGUCUUUGAGAGUGAGCAGACGUUGCAGUCGAAGGUCGAGGAGGCUCGCCGAAUCAUCCUCUUGCACGUCGACGAAGUGGCUCCUCCCUGCACUGCAGCUGAACUAGCGGAACAACCGCCGGAGCUGCAAAAGCAAUUUCUCGGGGAAAGGCUCUUUCCACGAGUGGCGUACCACCAGCCGGUGCUGGCUGGCAAAAUUACUGGCACGCUGCUCAUGGAGAUGACGAAUGAAGACCUCAUGGAGCUGUUAAAGUCCAAAGAGAUGCUCCUAGAUCAGGUCAACGAGGCACGGCGCGUCAUCGAGGAGAACGCGGGCAUCGCGGGAAAACCCCCCGCGGUCCAGAAGCAGAUCAUCGGGGAGAGGCUCUUUCCACAAGUGCUCCAGUACUACCCUCUGCUGGCUGGCAAGCUGACCGGUAUGAUGCUGGAGAUGGACAACUCCGACCUCUUGGUGCUUCUCGACUCUUCCCAGCUUUUGAAGGACAAGGUGGAGGAGGCCAAGUUGGUGCUGGACACGACAUGUGGACCGGACGCACAUCUCCUCACCGAUGAGCUGCUACUGCAGGCAGAACAGCCCUUGGCCGACAUCGAGGCUCAGCAGCCGACGCCUUGGUUCGCCGAGCCCGAGCCGACCGGAGACUUGGAGUCCGAGUCCUCGCAGGCUUCUCCCGUGCUCUCUCCUCUCGCAGAGGGCAAG